AUGUUUAAUGAGCUAAAUCCAGGCAUUGUGAGGCCAGAAAUCCAAGCAGCUCAAUUCGAGCUCAAGCUAGUGAUGUUUCAAAUGCUCCAAACUGUGGGGCAGUUCAGCGGGAUGCCAACGGAGGAUCCUCAUCUCCAUCUUCGUUCAUUCUUGGAGGUGAGUGAUUCCUUUAAGCUUCAAGGAGUGAGUGAAGAAGCAUUAAGGCUGAAGCUAUUUCCAUUCUCAUUAAGAGACCGAGCUAGAUCAUGGCUCAACACUUUGCCUCCCGAUUCCGUUACAAAUUGGAAUGACUUGGCUGAGAAAUUUCUGAGAAAAUACUUCCCUCCCACCAGAAAUGCAAAGUUUAGAAGUGAGAUUAUGUCAUUUCAGCAGCUGGAAGAUGAGUCCACUAGUGACGCGUGGGAAAGAUUCAAAGAGCUUUUAAGAAAAUGUCCACACCACGGUAUCCCACAUUGUAUACAGAUGGAGACCUUCUAUAAUGGCCUCAAUGCAGCUUCUAGAAUGGUAUUGGACGCUUCAGCCAAUGGAGCCAUUCUUUCCAAGUCUUACAACGAAGCAUUUGAGAUUUUGGAAAGGAUCGCAAGUAAUAACUAUCAAUGGUCAAACACUAGAGCUCCUACAAGUAGAAAGGUGGCGGGAGUUCUUGAGGUAGAUGCACUAACGGCUCUAACAGCUCAAAUGGCCUCAAUGACCAACAUCUUGAAGAAUAUGAGUUUGGGAGGAAGUAUUCAGCCAGCUGCUGCCAUUCAAAGUGCAGAAGUGUCAUGCGUGUAUUGUGGGGACGGGCAUACUUUUGAGAAUUGCCCUUCAAAUCCAGCCUCAGUUUGUUAUGUGGGAAAUCAGAAUUUCAACCGCAACAACAACCCAUAUUCGAACACUUACAAUCCAGCAUGGAAGAAUCAUCCUAAUCUGUCAUGGGGGGGUCAAGGAGCAAGUUCAAGCACAGCACCAGCACAAGGAAGACAAGCAUAUCCACCAGGUUUUUCACAACAGCCAAGACCUUCACAACAUGUUCAAAACUCCCAGCCGAACUCUUUGGAGAAUCUAAUGAGGGAGUAUAUGGCUAAGAAUGAUGCAGUAAUACAGAGCCAAGCAGCUUCUCUUCGUAAUCUUGAGAUGCAGCUCGGCCAGCUAGCCAAUGAAAUGAAAACUAGGCCGCAAGGAUCUUUGCCUAGUGAUACAGAAAAUCCAAGGAGAGAUGGGAAAGAACACUGUAAAGCUAUUCAGCUGCGGAAUGGUAAAAAUCUGGGAAAUUUUGAGGAGAUACAGGGUAGUGGAGAGCCCACUUCAAUCCAAAGUGAAGGAGAAACAAGUAACAAAACUGCCCAGGAAAUUGCUGAAACUGGCCCAGUUGCUACAGCAAAGGGUCAGCAAACUGCUCCAGUAAAUUCUGGUCCUAAACCGCCCCUUCCAUUUCCGCAGCGAUUUCGCAAACAACAACAGGAUGGUCAGUUCAGAAAGUUUUUGGAUGUACUGAAACAGCUGCAUAUUAAUAUCCCCUUGGUCGAAGCAUUGGAGCAAAUGCCGAAUUAUGUUAAGUUUUUAAAAGAUAUUUUGACGAAGAAAAGGCGUUUGGGGGAGUUUGAAACUGUAGCACUUACAGAAGGAUGCAGCGCAAUGUUGAAAAGUAAAAUAUCCCCUAAAUUAAAAGAUCCUGGCAGUUUUACAAUUCCGUGCUCAAUUGGGGGUAGAGAUGUGGGAAGAGCAUUAUGCGAUUUAGGCGCUAGUAUCAACCUUAUGCCUAUGUCAAUUUUCAAGAAGCUGGACAGAUCUAUGGCUCAUCCCGAGGGCAAGAUUGAAGAUGUGUUAGUUCAAGUGGAUAAAUUUAUAUUCCCGGCGGAUUUCAUCAUUUUAGACUAUGAAGCGGAUAGAGAGGUACCUAUAAUCUUGGGUAGGCCUUUUCUUGCUACAGGGCGUAUGAUCGACCCAAAACGGAGUUAUCAGCGUACUCUUAUUGACGUGCAAAAUGGUGAACUUACCAUGAGGGUGAAUGACCAACAAAUCACCUUUAGUGUGUUUAAAGCUAUGAAAUUCCCGGAUGAAGUGGAAGAAUGCUCUAGAGUUGACGUUGUUGAUACUUUGGUAGCUGAGAAGUUCAAUAACAGGGUGGAAAAAGCUGCUAUGGGAACCUAG